AUGGGGUGUGGAAGCGGAAUAUUGCGGUCAAUAUGGAGUGAGAACACUAAGAACAUCAAUGACAACGACAAGUACUACAACUUCUGUUCAGAACAAGAAAGAAAAUUCCUAGAAAAUGGAAGCAUGUUAUUGGAGGAGCUUAUUGCUUUUUCCAAUGGGGUCUUAAUUUUUGUUAACAAGUAUGAUGAUCCUAACGGUCAUCUGCAUUCCAAUGAAGUCAAGUCCUUUGCUAUUCGUGACCUAGUGGUUACAACAUUGAUGAGUAGUCACAAGAAUGUUUUAAAGCUAAUAGGUUGUUGCCUAGACUUUGAAUUUCCAGCUUUGGUGUAUGAAUACACAGGGAGUAUUGAAUCAUUAGCCAACCGCUUGUAUGAAAGAAAAGGAGACAUGAUGGAGAAUAAUGGGUUAUUAAUGUGGAAAAGUAGGCUAAAGUUCGCAUAUGACGUUGCUUAUGCUAUUGUUUACAUGCAUACUGCGUUUUCAACACCCAUCAUUCAUAGAGACCUUACACCAAAUCAUAUUAUCAUAAACCAAUUUGGCAUUGCUAAACUGAUAGAUUUCUAG